CUCGGGGGCCCGGGCUGAGGCAGCGGGACGGAAGUGAGCGGUUCCGCCCCUUCCUCUCCGUCUUCUGUGGAGCCGCGGCCGCCCCAUCUCCGGCUCCCGUAGUCUCCUCGCCUUAGCCUCGGUCCCCGGCCGUGCGGAGCCGGGAUGCGCUGCUCCUGCUGUGGGGGCUCAUCAUGGAGACCAAACGGGUGGAGAUUCCCGGCGGCGUCCUGGACGAUCUCUGCAGCCGGUUUAUUUUGCAUAUUCCCAGUGAGGAAAGAGACAAUGCUAUUCGAGUGUGUUUUCAGAUUGAACUUGCCCAUUGGUUUUACUUGGAUUUCUACAUGCAGAACACACCAGGAUUACCUCAGUGUGGGAUAAGAGACUUUGCUAAAGCUGUCUUUAGUCAUUGCCCAUUUUUGCUGCCUCAAGGUGAAGAUGUGGAAAAAGUUUUGGAUGAAUGGAAGGAAUAUAAAAUGGGAGUACCAACAUACGGUGCAAUUAUUCUUGAUGAGACACUUGAAAAUGUAUUACUGGUUCAGGGUUACCUAGCAAAGUCAGGCUGGGGAUUUCCAAAAGGAAAAGUAAAUAAAGAAGAAGCGCCACAUGAUUGUGCUGCUAGAGAGGUCUUUGAAGAAACUGGUUUUGAUAUCAAAGAUUAUAUUUGUAAGGAUGAUUACAUUGAACUUCGAAUCAAUGACCAGCUUGCUCGUUUAUACAUCAUUCCAGGAAUUCCAAAAGACACAAAGUUUAACCCAAAAACUAGAAGAGAAAUUCGGAACAUUGAAUGGUUCUCUAUUGAGAAGUUGCCUUGUCAUAGAAAUGAUAUGACCCCAAAAUCCAAACUUGGUUUGGCACCUAACAAAUUUUUUAUGGCCAUUCCUUUUAUCAGACCUUUAAGGGAUUGGCUUUCCCGAAGAUUUGGAGAUUCCUCAGACAGUGAUAAUGGAUUUUCCUCAGCUGGUAGCACACCUGCUAAACCAACUGUGGAAAAAUUAAGUCGAACCAAAUUCCGCCACAGUCAACAAUUAUUUCCUGAAGGUUCUCCUGGUGACCAGUGGGUAAAGCACAGGCAGCCAUUGCAGCAAAAGACAUAUAAUAAUCAUUCUGAAAUGUCCGACCUUUUAAAAGCAAAGAAUCAAAGUGUGAGGGGAAAUGGCAGAAAGCAGUAUCAAGACUCGCCUAAUCAAAAGAAACGAACAAACGGGAUCUACAGCCAGCAAGCCAAGCAGCAGAAUCCCUUGAUGAAAUGUGAAAAAAAACUCCAUCCACGGAAGCUUCAGGAUAAUUUUGAAACAGAUGCUGUAUAUGACUUACCUUGCUCCAGUGAAGACCAGUUGCUAGAACAUGCGGAGGGACAGUCUGUGGCAUGUAAUGGACAUUGCAAGUUCCCUUUUUCAUCCAGAGCCUUUUUGAGUUUCAAGUUUGACCAUAAUGCUAUAAUGAAAAUAUUGGACCUUUGAGAGCAGCAGAUUUAUUGUGGAAGUCCUGCGUCCGGAGACAUGUUGCAUUUGAAUGGGUGUCUCUUUGAGCCUCACCUUUCUCAGGUGUUUUUAAAGCAAUGCAGGGAGGCAGUGAUGCUUCUGAAGUAGCAAGAAACUUGAGUUUGCACUGUAAAUGCAGUUAUAACCUUAUAUAGACAUACCUUCUCAGUGUUUAGCUUUUGAAUUUAAGUUGGCUGUUUGGAGGGCAUUUUUUUGUUUUCUGUGUGAUUGUGGCUUUUCAUUUGUAUUUUGGUCAGAAAAAAUAGUGUUACCGUCAUCAAGUAGCCACAUUAAUGAGAAUAUUCUGUCUACCCAUUACAGUAAUUGUAAUAAUAGUUAUCUUACAUUGAAAUUUUAGAAGGAACUUAAAAUACAUACUUUUCAUAUGACCACAUUGCUGAAAUGUCACAGAAGUGAAGAUUGCAGAUCAGCUGCUAUAGUGGCAUAUUGUGUAUUUCUCUGCUUCUAACCAGUUAGGUUCUGUAAUCCUCUGCUUUUUUUGAAAGGUUUUGUUGAGAGGUUUUCUUUAGUGCCAGUACCUGCCUAUGUAAUAUUCAUGUUCAAGAUGAACUCAUAGCACUUCAUUGGAGGACAAAGUCCUCAGCCUGGAGAGCGGCGAAGCCUGGUGGGGAUUGGAUGAUAUAAUUUGAAAUUGUGCUUUACAGUGAGAAAACCUGAGACACAGCUGAAAAGAGGGGAACAGAGAGCAAGAGGUCCCGUCCUCAGCAACAGCUAUAGUCAUGCCUUUGUAACCUUACUGCCGCUGACCUGUUAGUAUUGUAUAAUACGGUAAUUUUGUUCUUGUGAAAAUGUAUUCUGUAUUACAGUUGUGUGUGUGUGUGUGUGUGUGUGUGUGUGUGUAAAACUGACUUUAUAAGAUAUUACAUUGCAUCUCAGUGUUGAUCUCUGGAAACUGAUACUCAUAAGGUUCCAAUUUGCAGUAGUACCAGAGACUGAUGAGCUUUUAUUUGCAUGCUGAAGCUUCUGGGUGAUGGUGCAGGAAGGGAAAGAUGUGCAGUUAACCAGGUACACUGCAGAGGACCAGAAGAACACGGAAGCAACAUACAUAACUUACAGUAAGGAAUGUUUUUUUCAUUCAGGAUUCUUACAUCCAGAUAUGGAUGGCAGUGCCCAUCUUAAGAAGGAUUUCAGCUCUAAUUGAGGACAAUCAUCAGGGCUUUAAUAAGGAGAUCUUAAUGUUUGGGCUGCUUCUGACCUCAUUGAAGGUAUUUGUGAGGUGGGACAUUUGGGGAGUGUGUGAGCAUAUGCAUGUAUGUGCAUCUGUCAUGUGAGUUUUAAAAAUCUUUUUUUUACAUGUGGUAUCCACAAAAUAUAUAUCUCUGAUUGUAAAUUUUAUUGGGGAAAUCUUUAUUCUGUAUACAUAGGCUUAUUUAAUAGGGGUUCUAUUUAACCCAAUGGGACUUUCAAAAUAAGUGCUAGUGUAAGGAAUUCACUUGGUAUUUUUACUUUGCUUUAACUUUUAAAUGGCUUGAUUUUCAAGGAGAAAUUCUAUUUAUUAAUAAGUGUCACCCUCUUGGUGCUAAGCAGGAGAAUUCACAACAAAAGCAGUACUUUUUGAAUUAGGUUAUUCCCAGUCCUGCAUCUUUUAAUGUGACAAAAUUGUGAAUCUUCUGUGACUUUACAAAAUGCAUUAUAUUACUGUGUUGGGAAGCUCUUACUGUUCUUUCCAGAAAUACGCCUACCUUGCUUGGGUCUCCUUAUAGUUAGUUCCAGCAUUCCAGUUUUGUUAAAAGUGAAAAUUUAGUUUGCCUGACAGGUAAAUCAUUUUCACUUGUUUACUGUCAUCUGUAAGCAUUUAAUACAUAGUGAUUUCUGUGUGUGUGUUUUCUUUUCUAAGUGAGUACUCAGUCGUUUUGGUGCCUAGUGUUGGAUUUUUCAGCUUUUAGUACUAAAGCAAAAGACAUUAGAGUUUGUUACCAAAAAUAUGUCCUAAUUUGAGCUUUCUCAAGAACCAACAAGUUUUCUCUUUUUUGAUAAUAGUAGUCGAACUGGUUAAAUAUUGUUGCUGUUGUGCUGCUUCAUUUAAUGCACUGUGGAACAAAAUAAGGGUACUGUUGGGAGGGUAUUUUGGUAACUUGAGGCUUUUGGCUCUCUUGACAAUUUGAGAUUAAAAAAAUUAAGAGAUGUGUUGUAAGUUUGUGAUGUAACUUAACUAUGCAGAAACUGUGUAAGUUGGAUGUACCUGUUUUACGUCUGCUGUACUUAUUCCUUUGAAGCUAUGUAUUAGUUUCUCAGAGUUCAGGUGAUUUUGAGAAGGGCCAGGUUUAGCACAGAACUGGAUUUCUCCUUUGAGAAAUUUUAGCAUGGUUUGAAGAAAUCAAGUGAUAAGUGGGUGUGCUGAAUAUGCAAUAAUUUCCUUCUGUGUGCUGCAUGCAUUUUAAGGAGCUAGAAGUAUAUUAGCUUAUGUUUUUUGUCUUUGAGAAAUGGUUCUUUAAAUUCACUUUUUAAAAUGUUCUUAUGUUUCAACUUUACAUAUUCCAAGGUUCUAGUGCACUGUGAAUCUUUUUUAAUUUUGUAGGUGCUUUUAUGUAUGACUUUAAUGAUUUGUAAAAUGUUAAAUGAAUUGUUUGUGUACUUAACCAUUAUGAUCCACAAUGGGUUUGGUUUACAUGCUUUCACAAGACUUUGUUAAGAAAUAGAAAUGAAUGGCUUUAGGGUUUCAAACAGAUGCUCUCCUGACAAAUGAACAUAUGGAGAAGUCUGAGAACCUAGUAGAACUCUUUUAGCUUGGGUAAUAUUUGAUUAAAGAUGUUUGAAUAUUAGUUGGAUUUUUGUGUUAAUAUGUAAAGGCAAGUCUCCUGCCCAAGGAAUUACGGCCACUGCUUGCUGCUUUGAGCUUUGAAUAUCCUUAUUUUUCUAGUAAAUAUCAGUAAGUAUUGAUAUGUAGAUAUAUAGCAAAAUAAAUUUUAUGCUAUAGGAUUGGGUUGGUACUUUUUUAAAGCUUUAGUAAUUUGUGAGUAAUCUAAAAUAAAAACUCAAAUCUGAGUGGAUAACAUCCUUUCCAUGGGGCUCAGCAUAUUGUGGUGGUCUUUAGAAAUGGUCUCAGUACAUAUAUGCAUUAAAAACAGUUCAUUACCUAUUCCCCUCAUUUACUUUUUUUUGGGGGGCAGGGGUGUCUCCAACCCCCCCAAACAAUAAGGAAGCAAAUAGGACAAUAAAGGAGCAAAGUUAGAUAUAAAAAUCAGAUGUUUUGUGAAUUUAUUUUACUCACCAUAUUAAUAUCUCCUGUUUUUUUUAAUGUUUACUUUUACGUCAGACCUCCCUCUGCCUUAUCAGAGAUUUUGUUUUGAUUUUUAUGUGUUGUGUGUGUUUGUGUUCUCUGAGGCUAUAUUGCCUUAGCAUAUUAUUCAGUUACAAGGUCAGAUUCACUUUUUCUGACUGAGAGAAAUAAGAGUUACCCAGUCAUUUUGAUUUUGAUUCUUUUUAAGUCUGGAGGAAGGGGUCACCUGUGUUGUAACUUUAGAUUAAUGAUACUUAGAAAUUAUCAAGAAUAAACAGUGGUUUCUUUUUUAAACGCUUAUUCCUCAUAUCUUGUUGGUAAGCAUAAUUAGAGGUCUUCAUUUUGUGUUAUGUCCUAAGACCUUGGCGUGCAUUUGUAUAGUUGCCAAAAUUCUAGAAAUGAGAUUAUGGUGGGCUUUCUCAACAUCUUUUUCAUCCUAGAAUUUCAUUCUUCUUAAAAUUUGUGGUACUGUGUUAUAAAGAUGGCAGAUUGCAAAUAAGUAGGAAAGUCUCUGCCCAAUGCUUUCAAAGUAGAGUUCUGGAUUGCAUUUUCCAAAAAAUAGACUAGAUUAUUAUUUUAGAACAGAAGUGUCCUGAAGGGAAAAGAUACAGUUAUCAGUUUUGAGCAAAGAGAAUGUAAAAAAGAUUUUUAGAAGAUAGGUGUGUGUAACUUUUACUAUCAUUUUGAAUCUCUGGAUAAAAAUCCAUUUUUUCUAGUUGCCUAGCAGUCCAUUAAAUCUAAAGUAUAUUUUCUCAAUUUUUAAAGGCUUCUGAGUGUUUGGGAGUCAGGUCCUUUCUGUGCUGAUAGAACUCCAGUUACACUGAAGUGCAUCUCCUUUUCUAUAGGCAGGUAACAGCACACACAGCCAUAGUCAGGUGUCUAUGUGUUGUAACCACUUAAUGUGGUAGCUAUACAUUUGUUCUGAGUGUGAUUUAUUCCUUUCCUUGAAACAAAUAGUGUUUAUUAUUGAAAGAGAAAUCUAUAGUUAGGGAAGGGUAAAGUUAACUCAUGCAUGGAAGUGGAUUUGAAUGGUUGAUUUCUACCAGCUUAUAAACUCAGUCUUCAGCAUGAAGUACAAAGAAGUAUAAAGAAAUAACUGACAAAAGUAUGGAAGUCUUUUGAAAUGUUCUAAUUAAAUCUUUAUUCUGAGUCUCCAAAUUAAUGAAAUCACCAGUUAAGAGAUUCCAUUUAUCUAGAGUCUUCUAUGGUAGCAGAGGAUGGUCUAGCUCUGGUUUAGAUUGGAAACACAGUCUAAGGGAAAUUAACCUUGACAGGAUGCUUGUAUUAGCUUCACAUUGUUGGUCAAGUGUUCUCUGGGAAAAGGGAGUAAAUGAGAAUCAGUUGCCUAACUUGUCCUACAUGGACCCUCCUCUUAGUGGAUUUAACCCUUUAGUCCAGUGGAAGGAUUAGGCCCUGCUACAUAUUUGAUGCUUUUUUAGUGGAAGGGUUCUUGCAGAUGGUUGGAUCUUUUUUAGCUAUAGGGCUCUGUUGAGUGCUGCUUGAAGACCUGAUAUUUCUUAAUCUUUUUUCUUGGCGUGGCUGGCCAGGAAGACAUUGAAUGCUUGCCCCUGCAAUUUGGGUUUUUUUUUUUCCCCCUUUAUACUAUAUUUCUUUUUUCUUUACUUCUUUUUUUUUUUUUUAAGAUACCCUACUUCAUUUAUUUUUUAAUGUAUUUUUAACAUCAUUUUUCAUUUUUGUAGAAUGUAUGCAUUUUCAUCUUGGCUAUAGUCCCCAUACAAUUCAGUCUACCACUGUGGGAAUUAGCAGGCAGUGAUCACAUCUUGCUAUCCACAGAUGAUCUCACUUUGACCCUAUCUGCAACAAUUAGAUAAGAUAACCGUGAACACUAUUGCUGUUUUGAGUUUGUGAAUGUAGCUGUCAAAUUGGUUUGGGAACAAAGGAAAUUCUUUUGAGUUCUAGAAUGAAAAAUGAACAGCAUUCUGAUGAUGGUCCUCAGUUUUUAAGAGUUCUUAGUUAUCAUGCUUACAUUAUGGACUUUCUAAGAUAGAAAAUACAUUUAAAUUUAAUCUCCUUUUAACCCACUGAAUGUGAGGCUUCAGCUGUCAAUUGCUAUAAACUAUGGUGUGAAACAUUUUGGCCAUAAAUCUGUAUUGUUAGUCAUUUCUCAAGCUUUAAGGAAUUAGGUCUUUGUAAAAUGAAAGCUUGGCUUACGCUUUUGUGAUAUUUAUGAAUAGAGAAUGGAUGACAGCAUAUUAAGGCUAAAGUUCUCAACUGUGGAAUUUAGAAAGGUAAUAGCUAUUCCUCAGCAGUUUGGUUGGUUAAACAAUUUUGGGAAAAAAUUCACUAGCCACAGACUUGCACUCUUCAUGUAGUAUUGAAUGAUAGGCACUGAGAGAAAUGACACAAAAGACACAUCUGCAAGGGAUUCUUUGUUCAUUUCAGUAUUAUCCUAGGGCAUUGCUAUCUUCUGUUCAACUUAGAUUUGUUUUUGGAUCUUGGAAAAAUACCAUUUAAUUUCAAAUGCAAAUUUCCAAAGAACUUUUCUGCUCAUUUUUCACUUCAAAUAGAACAGAAAACAGCUAGUCUGGCUUCCAUUUUAUAAAUAUUACAAACUUUUCUUCAGUAACAAAUUGGGAAGGGAAAUAAAGCCAUGAACUUUUGCGCACGUGCACACACACACACACAUUCUUACAAAAGUUUGUUUAUUAGCUUAAUAUCUUGAAAAGUUUAUCUUUGGUAAGUAUUAAUCAUCCUAGAUCCACAUACAAUUCAGAUUUUAAAUUUUAUUUGUUGACUUUAAUGAAGAUUUAAAAUAAUUCUAUGAUUAAUAAAAUAAUUGAUUAAUCAAUGGAAUUAUAGUUUAUGUAUUAGCUAACUUAAGUCUUCUUAUGUAAGAUAAUCUUUCAUCUAACCAAAAUAAGUGCAUACACUUUAGUUUGAUAGGAAAAGGCAUAAUAAUUGAUUCCUUUCUAUACCCUGCCUAUUUCUAAAAGAAGAUUUGAAGUUUUUUUUUUUUAAAUACUGUGGAGAUCUGGAGUAGCUUUUAGUCUGAAAAAGUUGAAGGUAUUUAUACUGAGUUAUGUUAAGCAAAUUAUCUUGAGAUUUAUGUUGAAUUAUGAUGGAAAAAAUGGUGAAAUGAUUUUACUAUUAAAUAUGACAUUCAGUUGAAAAAAUACUUCAGAGUAAAUGUGAUAACCAAAUAGACUAAAUUUUAAUCAGUAAUCAUUUUUGUUUUAUGUGAAAUGAGUUCAACAUUUAAAUUUUGCCUUAAUUGUAGCAGUAUUUCAUUAUUCUAAGUAUUUUAAUGUUUCGAGAGAUAAGUUACUCAGUGGAGUAAUUCUGUCUAUGGUGGUACUGGAGUAUUUGUGCUUGUCUUGGUUAAUCAUCAAUUAUUUAGGAAGAGCAGAAAAAGAUAUCCUCCUCACCUCCAUGUACCUGUUGAGAUUGCAUUGAAAUUAUAAGAAUUAAUAUCUUCAGAGCAGAUUUAUUGUGUUUCUAGAUAUUUUACAUUCUGGCUGAACAAUAGCUUUGUCUCCCUCCAUCAGUAUUAUUGAAAGGAUAAGGACUGAAUUUCACCUACAUUGUGUUGUGUGACUGUCAUAAACAAAGGACUUUAGGUGACUCAUGUUUGUGAAUUGGGAGCUAAAAUGUUUACAGGACUACUGCAUUUCCAAAGAUUAGAAAUGCCAGCUGUACACUUAACUGAGAAAAUGAUCAAAGUCCUGUGUCUUAACAGUUAGGCUUUUUGAAAGUUUUUUGAUGUAAAUAACACCAGUUUAGAAAUAAAAAACCUUUUAUUUUAUGAAAUACAAUUUGAAUGAUGGAAGGUUUUCUUUGUAUUUUAAAACAUUUCUACAACUGAUUGUUCAAUACUGCCUUUCUGUAAAACAUCCUAUUAAAUUUAGACUGUAGUGCAAUAUCAAUAAAUAUUGCUGCUUGGGCAGUUUUAAUUACUACCUUUACCUGGUUUCUGUUGCUAUUACUGGUUAUAGGUUUCAAAUUUGCUCAUAUUUUGGUUGCAUCUCUUUAAAGAAAAGUGACAGAUAGGAGAUAAAGAUAUCUUUAUAUGAUUGGAAGAAAUAUUAAAAGAGUGUCUGCAAAAACAAAAGUAAUCUCAAGCAAUUUACAUUAGGUUACUUUAGUGCAAGGCUCUAGUAUGAGUUAAUUAUGAGUUAGUAUAAUAAGGCUCAAUAACUCUUCAAUUUGUACUAUAAUUAGUUUUUCCAGAUGUAAUUAAUGCUUUACUGUCCUUGAAUCUCAGGGGAGAAACAAAUGCAUGCUCAUCUAGAAUCUCAGUUCUGUGAUAGUAAUUUUUAUUUAAAAUUUUGUUUGGCAAAGGAAGCAUUUUAUUAAUGGGUGGCACCAGGUUGUGAGGACAAGAGAGUCGAUAGGCAGAAAAGGCUGUCUCCCUGAGUGACAAGUGAAGGAAGAUUAUAUAGAAAAGAAAAGAAGUUACAACAUAUUGGAGUGGGGUGAAUUUCUUCGUCCUUGGCUCUGGGGACAUUAAGCAGUCUAAGAGUAGUCAAUCACAAAACUACUGAUGACAUAAACCACCCUGGGAUGUUGAUCCUGAACUCUGUUAUCAGCAUUAAGCCAGUUCCUUAGGAUUCUUAUGUCACUGCUCAUAAAGGAGGGCUCUGUGUUGAAUGUUUCCUUACCCACAUCUCUUUCAAGUGUUUUCCUUACAUGUCCCCAGAGUUCCUCUUGCCAAGUACCAAGACUCAGAAGCAAGCAUGGCUUCUUUUUCACAUCUUUGUUUAUGUUUAUAAUUUUUAAGAAUGAAGAAAGACCAGUUUAUUAAAUUUUUAAUUUUUUAAGUACUUUUUUUCUUACAUUGUUAAUUUUUGGACAGAAUUUGAUUUCACCCCUCAGGUGUAGUCCCUGUGCAUUCUCGCACCAUCAUAGCACCCACAGUCCCUUGGGCUCUUCCCUGUCCUGUUUUGACACUCUCCCUUCUCACUUGCUAUCUGCCUGAGAUCUGUUGUCAGCUUCUAAGUUUUGUCUUUUUCCUUACCCUUUGUUCACUUUUUCUAUAUUCCAGAUAUAAGUGAAAUCAUCUGAUACUUUUGUUUUUCCUUCUGACUUAUUUCACUUAGCGUUAUCCCUUCCAGCUCCAUCCAUGUUGCCAAUAUGGCAUGUUCAUCUUUUUUGAUCUGAGUUGUGUUGGUGUUCCAUUUAUAUAUUGUUCCAUUAUAUAUGUUCCAUUUAUAUAUACCAUAUCUUCUUGAAUCAGUCAUCUGUUUUGGGACAUUUAGCUUGUUUCUAUAUCUUGGCUAUUGUGAAUAAUGCUGGAAUAAAUAUAGGGGUGCAGGUUUCCUUUUUUUUUUUUUUUUUAAAGAUUCACUUAUUCAUACAAGAGCUGGGGCACAAGCCAGAGGUUUGGGGGGUGAGAGGAUUCACCGGAGACAGAGUGGGGAACAGAACAGGCAGAUUGACUUAAAUACACUGCUGAGGGGAGCAGCGGGCAAGUCAGGAGAUGUCUGCGCCAUGUGGGUGGCUCCCUGGCUGGGGAUCGAACUUAUGCUGCAGUGGCCGUGGCCAGCCUCAUAGGCUGCGCCACCAGGGAGGCCCUGCAGGUUUUCUUUUGGAUUAGAGUUUUUGUGUCCUUUGGGUAGAUUCCUAGGAGUGGAAUUGCUGGGUCAUAUAGUAGAUCAUUUUUAGUGAUUUUGUUAUAGAGCAGCCCCGAUAUUAAACAGGUUCCUGGCUGUGGGUCCUCACCCGCGCGCUUUAAAGGGACUUAUGAAUACUCUACUACAGACACACACAAAAGGUUAAUAAAAGGUUUAUUUACAAGAGAAAAGGAAAUAAGGAAAAUGUACAACUCAGGGAGAAAAUAGGGAAAUAAAGUCUUUAAUGCGUCCUACCCGAUCCGACGACCUGGAAACCCAAAGUCACUCUCAGAGCUGGCCGGACACUGCGAGCUGGCGGAGAGCCAAAAAUGGGGGAUCCUCCAAAGCCCACGUGUCUGCCUUUUAUAUCCACCUGGCUGCUUAACCCCACCCUCAGGUCCCAGCCACCUUCCCUUUGGUGGUGAUGGGAUUUGGAGUUCCCAGUGUCUUUGACUUUGACCUAGGGUGGGGGUGGAGUCCACAAAGCCUAUAUGGAAUUAGCUUUAGGACAUCCUUUUCCCCCUAACAAUUCGAGGAACCUCCACAAAUAUUUCCAUAAUGGCUGGACCAGUUUAUGUUACCUCUAGGAGUGUAAGAAGGUUUCUUUUUCACCACAUCCUUGUCAACACUUGUUUUUGUUUUUAAAUAUGUGCCAUUCUCACGGGUGUUUAUUUUUGCAUUGUGGUUUUUAUUUACAUUUGUAUCAUAUAUUCCCUGGUAAUAAGAGAUUUUGAAUAUUUUUUAAUAUGCCUGUUUGCUGUUUGCAUUUCUUCUUUGGAGAAGUCUAUUUAGCUUUGCCCAUUUUUUGAUUGGAUUUUUUUGUUGUUGUUGAGUUGUAUGAGUUAUUUGUACAUUUUGGUAUCAGUCCCUUAUCAGUGGUAUGGUUUGCAAAUAUUUCUCCCAUUCAGUAGGGUGUCUCUCUUCAUUUUGGGUACUGUUUUGCUGUAUGUACUUUAGCUUUUUGGUUUGAUGAAGUCCCAGCUGUUAAUCUCCUUUGCUUUCCUUGCUUCUGGAGAUGAACCAUCCUCAAAGAUGUUUCUGACAUUUAUGUCAUGGAGUGUUUUGCCGAUGUUUUCUUGUAUGUAUUUUAUGGUUUCAGUCUUUUAUCCAUUCUGAAUUGAUUUUUGUGUAUGGUGUGAGAUCGUAGUUUCAUCCCAUGCAUCUGCAGUCCGGUUUUCCCAGCACCAUUUAUUGAAAACAUUUUCCUUGUUUCAGUGUACAUUCUUUGCUCCUUUGUCAUAGAUUAAUUAAUUGACUAUACAUGUGUGACUUUAUUUCUGGGCUUUCAAUUUGAUUCCGUUGUUCUGUGUGUGUUUUUAUUCCAGUACCAUACUAUUUUUAUUAUGGUUUUGUAGGCAUUUAAUUCCUCCAUUCUUUCCCUUUUUAGUCAGGAGAGCUUGGCUAUACAAGGUAAUAUUGAAAUUCCAUGUGAAUUUCAGCAAUAUUUGUUCCAUUUCUUUGAAGAAUGCCAUUGAGAUUUUUAUUGGAAUUGCAUCGAAUCUGUAAAUUGCUUUGGGUAGGAUGGCCAUUUUGAUAAUUUUAUUUCUCUGAUUCAUGAGCAGGGAAUGUCUUUCCAUUUAUUUAUGUUGUCUUUUAUUUCUUUUAACAGUGUUUUGUAAUUUUCCUUGUAUGGGUCUUUAAUCUCCUUUGUUAGGUUUAUUCCCAGGUAUUUAAUUUCUUUUGGAAUAGUUGUAAAUGAGGUGAUUUUCUUAAUUUUUCCUUUUCAGACUAUUUGCAUAUAGGAAGGCUACUGAUAUUUUUGUAUCCUCAUACUGAACUGGUGUAUUGUUUUAAUUAGUUUUUGUAUGGAGUCUUGAGGGUUCUUAUGUCAUCUGCAAACAAUGAUAGCUUUACUUCCUUUGCAAUUUGGAUUCCUUUCUUUGUUUUUCUUCCCUGACUGCUCUGGCUAGGACUGCGAGUAUUAUAUUGAAAAGCAAUGGUGAGAGGACAUCAUUGUCUUGUUCUAGAUCUUAAUAGAAAGCCUUUCAGUUUUUCAACAUUGAGAAUGAAGUUAGCUGUGAGUUUGGCUUUUCUCCCAAAUUUUAUGAGGGCCUUCAUCAUAAAUGGAUGUUGAACUUUAUCAGAUGCUUUCUCAACAUCUAUUGGUGUAAUCAUACGGCUUUUAUUUUUCUUUUUAUCAGCGUGAUUUGACUGAUUUUAGAUGUUAAAGAAUCCAUGUGUCCCUAGAAUAAAUCCCACUUGAUUAUGUUGUGUAGUCUUUUUGAUGUAGCCUCUUUUCAGCCUUUUGGCUAAGAUCCCUUUUUAUGCGUUGUUGGAAUUUGUUUACUAAGAUUUUACUGAAAAUUUUAACAUCAGUGUUCAUUAGGGUGAUUGGCCUACAGUUUUCUAUUAUUGUGUUGUCUUUUGGGGGUUUUGAUACUUGUGUGAUGUUGGCCUCAUAAUGUGUUUUUGGUAUUACCCCUUUUUUCUCAGUUUUUGGAAACAAUUUUAGGAGGAUAAAUAUUAGUUCAUCUUUGAACUUUUGGUAUGGCUUGCUUGUGAAAGCAUCUGGUCCUAAGCUUUUGUUUUUUGGAAGAGUUUUGAUUACUGUUUCAUCUUCCUUAUAAUUGGUUUGUUCAAGUUUUCCAUUUCUUUAUUCACCCUUGGGUGAUUGUAUAAUUUUAAGAAUUUGUCUUUAGAUGCUUGAACUUGUUGCGUAUAAAUGUUCAUCAUAAUCUCUAGUUAUCCACUGAAUUUCUGCUGUGUCUGUUAUAAUUUCUCUUGUAUUUAUAAUCCUAUUUAUUUGAAUUUUCUCCCCCUUUUUUUUUUUGUAAGCCUACCUAGAGGUUUGUUUUUUUUUUUUUUUUCAAAAUACUAGGUUUCAUUGCUCUAUUGGACUGUUUUUUCCCCCCUCCAUUUCAUUUAUUUCUGAAUUAUUUAUUUUAUUUUUUCUACUGGCAUUAGGGCUUUUUUUUUGGUUAUUUUUCUCACUUGAGAUGGAAUAGGUUGUUUAUUUGGUUUCUUUCUUGCUUCUUGACUUGGUCCUUUAUUGCUAUAUACUUCCUUCUUUGUGCUGCCUCUUCAGCACUCCAGAUAGUCUAGAAGAUUGUGUUGUGAUUGUCAUUUAUCUCAAGGUCUUUUUUAAUUUCUUCAUUUCCUCAUCAAUCUAGUGGUCUUUCAAUAGUAUGUUGUUCAGUCUCCAUGUAAUGGGGAAUCUCCUUGCUUGCGUUUUGUAGUUGAUAAUUAUCAAACUAGAUACUGUUUGGGGCUAAAUGGUCAGAGAAGAUGCUGUUUUUGGAACCCAGCCACCUCAGCAGCAGGAGCUGGCGGCAGCAGUAGUGUUGUCUUACCUUGCUGCUCCACCACAAGUCAGUUGUGGCAGUUGCUCCUUAGAGCCCAGAAACUGCCCUUUUGUCAUUUGUGGCAGUUGCUUUUCUGAGCCCAGUAACUGCCUUUUUGUCAGCUAUGAAUCAUGGAAUGGACUAAUCAGGUGUGAGCUGUGAGCUUAUUGGUGCUAAAUGGUCCGAUCAGUCACAGGACUGAAAAAGGGUCUAAUCAGACUUGUGGGUGGGGCACCCUGAAAGAGGAUAUAAGCCAGGGUCAGAGGGAUCCAAGGGACAGACAGUUCUAGCCUCCAAAGAAAGAAAGAAGACAGCCAGUCCCAGAAGAAAGAAGGAAAGUCUUGGUUCCUGGCCUCGGAAGGAAGAAGAAAAGAAGCAUCCAGUAGCCAGCCUCCAAGGAGGGAAGAGAAGCCAAAGACCUCUGUCAGAGACUGGGCCUCCAGUCCUGUCUCUGAUAAUGCCUGAAAAGAGCACCAGUGGCCCUGAGCUGUUUGUUGUUGGUAUAACCCAACAACCUGCAAAGACCUGUCAACACUGGCUGUCUCUGACACCACCUCUGGGGGACCAGUAGCGACUAUCACUUCUGGCCAGUGCUAUCCAGUACACCUGGUGACCAGUGACAACUAUCCUGACACUAUCUGGGUGAGAUAGCCAGCCACUAGUGGCUACAAUAAGUUUUUUGUUUACCCUGUUUGUGAACCCCAUGAUUGUUGUUCCUGGAGCCUGGGGUCUCUUGCAAUUGUACGGGUGCAUGAGAAACCACAGACAUUGUAACCUGGCCUAUUAGGCACUGUCCUUUGUUUAGCUCUAGCUCAUAGGCCCCUAUGGUGUGGGUAUUGUAUUGGUAUAGCCUUUGGUUUGGUUUUUGACCUUUUGGGAGUUUUUUGGUGACUCUUUUAUCUUAGAGCCUCGGCAGUUGGGUAGCCAUUACAUGGCUACCAUCAAGCCUCCUACCCUGACUGCCCCUAUUUCAAUACUUAAUGUGCUUUCACUUUUUUAUUUUUUAAGAUUUAUUUUUGCAUACAAGAGCUGGGGUACAGGCCAGAGAUGCAGGGGGUGAGAGGAUUCACCAGAGACAGAGUGGGGAACAGAACAGGCAGACUGAAAUACACUGCUGAGGGGAGCAACAGGCGAGACAGGAGAGGUCUGCUGUGCCAUGUUGGAUUAGCCUCCCUGGCCAGGGAGCGAAAGCAUGCUGCAUGCAUGCUGUAGUGGCUGGCGAUAGCUUGCCUCAGCUAUUGGGGUGUAGGCCAGAGGUGUGGGAGGUGAGGAUUCCUCAGAGACAGUGGGGAGCAGAACAGGCAGAUCUACUGAAAUACACUGCUGAGGGGAGCAACAGGUGAGACAGGAGAGGUCUGCUGUGCCAUGUUGGAUUAGCUCCCUGGCCAGGGAGCAAGCGUGUGCUGCACGUGUGCUGUAGUGGCUGGCGAUAGCUUGAUAGCUGUGAGACUUUAAACCCUUGCGCCACCCGGGAGGCCCUGAUUUCAGUCUUUUUUUUUUUUAAGAAACAUUUUUUUUUUUAAUUUUAUUUAUUUUUAAUAGAGGCAUGCUUUAUUUAUUUGUUUGCUGGUUUGUUUGUUUUGUUUAUACAUGCACUGGGUACAGUCAGAAGCGCGGGAGGGUGAGAGAAUUCACCAGAGCGGGGAGCAGAGCAGGCAGAAGGACCGAAGUACACUGCUGAGGGGAGCAGUGGGCGGCAGGAGAGGUCUGCGCGCCAUGUGGGACCCUCCUCCGGUGGCCGGGGAGCAGCCGGGGAUCGAACAGGCGCCGCAGAGGCCGCGGGCAGCUUCGCAACCCAGCGCUCAACCACUGCGCCACCGGGGAGGCCCCUGAUUUCAGUCUUAAUGUACUUGUUGAUAUUUGUUUUUUGACCCAGAAUGUGAUUGGUCCUGGAGUAUGAUCUAUGGGCACUUGAUCUGUUCAUUGAUCAAGUGAUCAAUUGAUCACACAUUGAUCUGUUCAUUGAUCUGUUCAUUGGUUAAGAGAGAUGUUGAAGUCUCCUAUCAUGGAUUUGUUUUAUGUGAUACCUGUUUAUUGAGAUGAUAAUAGUUGUCUAAUGUAUUUUGGUGUGCCUUCUUUUGGUGAAUUUAGAUUGACAAGUGUUAUGUCUUCCUGGUGUAUUGUCCCCCUUGAUAAUUAGUGUCGAUCUAUGUCUCUUGUUACCUUUUUAGCUGCAAAUCUAUUUUAUCUGAUAUAAGUAUGACUGCCUUUUCCUUCAUUUGGGUGCCAUUUGCUUAUAGAAUGGUUUCCAGCCCUUUACAUCUUUGUUUAUCUUUGAAACAGGUGUAUUUCCUGGUGACAGCAGAUUUUGGUUUCUCUUUCCUAAUCCACCAUAUGGUAGUCUUUGUCUUUUAUUAGUGAGUUAGUCUGUUAACAUUUAGAGUCAUUAUUGAUAUUUGGAAGUCUUUUGUUGCCAUUAUGUUCUCAGUUCUGUGUGUUUUCUAUUUAAUUCCUUGUUCAAUUCUUUGUAUUCAUUCCUUUCGUGGUUAGGAGGAAUCCUAACUUCUGUAAUAAUUCUUGGAGUAAGGGUUUAAAAGCGAAUUCUAAAUUUUGUCUGAGAAGGUCCUUAUUUUUCCCUCAUAAAAGAAGAAGAUAUUUGCAGGAUAAUGUAUUCUUGGCUGGAUUUUUUUGUUUGUUUCAUCUUGGCGUUUUUUGACUAUGUCACUCCAUUCCCUUCGUGCCCAUAGUGUUUCUUCAGAGAAGUUUGAUGUUAGCCUAAUUGGUGUUCUUUUACAGCUUCUUGUAUGUGUAUUUUCACUUCUCUUCAAGUUUGAAACAUUUUCUUCAGUGAUUUCCAUGAAUAGCUUUUUAGCUCCCUUCUUUUUCUCUUCUCCUUCUGGGGUUCCUGUGACUUUUAUAUGUCCUUUCAUCAUGGUGUCAUCAUUUUCAAAGUGUUUCUUCAUCUCUUUUUUCAUAUCUCUCUUUUUCUAUCUUGGUUCUGUUCGUAUCUGCAUCUUCGAGAUUACUGAUUUGUUAUUCCAUAUCGUCUAUUCUAUUUUCCAUGUUUCCCCCCAGAAUCUCUUACCUCCUUUUUUGCACCCUGCAGUUUGUUUUCUUAUUAAAAAUCUCAAUCUUGGGCCUCCCUGGUGCCCUUUCAGUGCUAUCACCACUGUGGCCUGAGUUCGAUCCCUGGCCAGGGAGCUAACACACAUGGCACAGAGGACCUCUCCUGUCUCUCCCGCUGCUCCCCUCAGCAGUGUAUUUCAGUAGAUCCACUUGUUCUGCUCCCCGCUCUGUCUCUGGUGAAUCCUCUCACCCCUGCACAUCUGGCUUAUACCCCAGUUCUUCUGUGGAAAAAGAAAAGAAGUUUCCAUUUCAAUCUCUCUGCAUUGAUUCUGUUUUCUCAUAGCAUUCUUUUUCUGUAUCUUUUCAUAUAUUUUUGAUCUGUUUUCCUGGGUUUUGCUCCUGUUUCAAGUUCUUUGACUUUCUUAAUUAUGGCAACUUUGAAGUCUUCAUAUGACAAGAAGAAAAAUUCUUUCAUGUCAGUGUUUUUUUGGAUUCGGGAGGUUAAUUUUGUUUCUUUGGUGUAUUGUUCCCCUAAGCAUUUGUGGGACCAUUUGUAUUUUUCUUUCUCCCCUUUGUUUGCUUUUGUAUUUGCUCUUUCUACAGAUGGGGCUUCUGUUGGGCAUGGACCGCCUUCCUCCUUCUGACUAUUUACGUCAUGGUGCUAUAAUUUCUGUGGUUUUCCCUGUCCAUGUGAACAGCAGGCUGGCCAUGGGGGUUUGGGAGCACCUGGGGGUUGGUGGUUGGGAUUUUUGGUGUCUGGUAUGCGGCUUGUCUUCACAGCUAAGCCAUUAUAUUCAUAAUAUUGCUUCCACAGUGGAAGUGACAACAUUGUGCUGGGAAUUUUUGUUGUUGUUGUUGCUUUAUUUUGAACAUACAUGUUGCAAAAUUGCCUGCCAUCCUUCUGGAUAUAUGAAUUCCUUAUACUUCCAAUUCCUGAUUUUACUCCAUUUUGGUGAUUUUUUAAAAAGGAAAAACUCUUCAGUGCAUAACUUUCCCUUCAUGCUACAUAUAAAAGGCAGCCUCUGUAGGGUUCCUUGAUUCAAUUCCAGUGCGUGUAGCAGUGUUAAAUAAAAAUAACCAGUAUUAACUGAAAAUAAGCAUCUCAGUGAUAAUUAGACAAUUAAUCAAAGUGAGAAUUUGAAUGCAGGACCAACAGAUUUGAUUCUGAGAGCUGUUCUAAUAAACAGAAGUUUGAAUUUAGUUAUAUAUGUAGGAACAGUGAGUCCUUGACAUUAAGAAUGUAAUUAUUCAUAGGAGGGGCUUCAGUUCUAAGUUAUCCUAACAUAAAGAUAUGCUGUUGCUAGAGGAAGGCAAUGCAGGAUUUAAUAUGUGAAAAAAUUCCUUUUGAACGAAUAUCCUGCAGAGAUACAAACAGUGGGUAUCCAUUGUUACAUCUUUUUCCCCCUGACUUCUUUGGUCAACAGUGGUUGUGAAUUCUGACUUUAUUUUCAGUCAGCAGACUCCUACAGAUAGGUUGGAACCAAUGAAGGUAGCUUUGCUCUCUUACCUGCUAGACCAGGGAAAGUUUCCCAGAAAAUUUUAGAGUAUUAACCAUACCAAAUAAUUAUCUAACAUCAGGAGGUGUCCAACUUAAUUCAGCUGAAUUCUUAGACUUUCUACCCAAAGAUAGCAUCAGAUUCCACAGGUUAUAGGGUUAAUCUUAAAACCAUUUCAGAUGCCAGUUGAAAGCCUAGGCUGUUACUUAGUGAGACAGCCUAGGUAAAAGAAAUAGCAAAUGGUAAGAUGAGUUGCCCCAAGUCCUCUUUGAACAGAUGGACUAAAUUGUGGACUGGCAAGCCCUGAGCAAGUGAUUUGGCCCACCAUACUGGCCAUGAGGCCCCAUGACAGACAAAAAUCAUUAGAUCUUGACUAAUGAUUAUGCUAUAGGGAAGCCCCAAAGGGAAAUGGGUUGACCUUAGUGUGUGAGUUCUCUUAAGAACUCAGGAGAAGACUCAAGAGUAGGCAUGCAGAGAAAAGUUUAUAAAAGGUUAAAAAAGUUAACUACAAGGGAAAUGAGAGGAGGGUAACAGUAAUUAUUCAAUACAUCCUACAGGUCAUCCUAUGGGUUUGUCUGAGCUACAACCCCAGGUGCAAGCUGAAAGCAGGAAAGGCAAGAGAGUGCAAGCCCACAUGUGUUCAAUUGUAUACCAAACAUGGCUUUUUCAUUCCACCCUUAGUUCCCAGCAUACCCCCACACCCUUCAGGAAGUCGAGUGAAGGCAGAUUCAUGGCAUGAUGGGAGUUACAGUCCUUGGCACCUGAGAUCUCUUUGGCAUGGAGGUGGGGGUGGAAUCUGUAAGACAUCAGUGGAUGGAGUUCAUUCAGGACAUACGGUUCCUCCAACAAUUAUCUCAAAAUUUCCUGGAGGUCUCCCUCCAGAUGGAGAGCCCAUAUGCACAGUUGGACUAUAACCUAUUUGCACAUGCCAAACCCAGAACAAGCUACGAUGCUGGUCUCUGCCCCACCUCAUGGACUUACUCUUUAAAUAUCUCCUCCUAAUUCCCUUGGAGGAACCAGGUUAAAUUCUCUUUUGCAGGACAGGUUCCAUCAUGCAUGAGUUUCUAGGAAAGCCUUGGCUGGUUCAGCUAUAUCAAAUGCUCUCUGGUGAAUUCUUUCCCUAGAGGGCAAAGGACCAACUCUUGUGUCAGUGCUUGUAUUGUAACACCUGUGUUUCUGACUGACUUGCUGUAGAUUAGAGGUUCUCAAGACACCCUUUCCCCAGGUUGAAUUUACUUGCUGGAGUUAGAACUUAGGAAAUCUGUUUACUUAGUAGAUCAAAGGAGCUAUCUCAAUAAGAUGCACAGGGCAAAAAAUGGGAAAAGGGCUAUCCAGAUGUGCCACUUUCCUCCAUUGUUCACCAUUGUGGGUUUUGGAGUCAUCUCCUUUGUGGACUUUUAUGGAGGCUUCAGUAACUAGGUGUGAUUAACUCAUUGGCCAUUGACAGUUGAAUUCAACUUCUGGCGCUAUUCCCCUUCAAGAUACUCAGGAUGGAACUGAAAGUCCCAUCAUGUCUGUUCAUAUUGGUUUCCCUGGCAGCAGCCCCUUUAGGUAUUUUCACUGAUGCUGCUUUAUAAAUAUAACAAUGAUUUUUUAAAAAAAAAAAUUUAUUUAUUUAUUUACACAAGCACUGGGUACAGUCAGAAGCGCUGGAGGGUGAGAGAAUUCACCAGAGCCAGAGCGGGGAGCAGAACAGACAGACUGACGAAAUACGCUGCUGAGGGGAGCAGCGGGCAUGGCAGGAGAGGUCUGCACACCAUGUGGGACCCUCGCCGGCCGGCUGGGGAUCAAACCGGCACUGCAGAGGCCGCAGGCAGCUUCAUAGCUCAUCACUUAACCGCUACGCCACCAGGGAGGCCCAACAAUAAAUAUUUUUAUCUCAACAUAUAAGAAAUUCUGGAAUUGUGGCAGAAGGCCAAUAGUGUGAGACACAUAUUUUGCUAAUCUGAAUGGCCAAAUACAUAUUUUUCUUAUAAGUCAAAAUAUAGAAAUGGGAUAUAAAUGAGGUUUCUUUUACUAUUGGCUGUUUUAUUUUAUAUAUAUAUAUAUUUUAAUUUUAUACAUUUUUUACAUCAUUUUUCAUUUUUGCACAAUGUAUGCAUUUUCAUUU